CUCCCGGCGUCGGCUGCUGGAAGAAAAACAAACUGCUUGUGCUGCUGAUUGUUUGUGUGUUGUGCCUGCUGCCGAUCAACUGCCGACAAAAAUGACAACAUUCUCUGGUUGUUGUUGUAGUUGUCGUUGAAGCUUUCGUUUGCUGUCACACAGCUCGCAUGCUUUCAACCGGUGAAGCUGCUCCAGGAUGUCUCGUGCACAGCCGCUCGGCGACAGGUCGCAGUAAGUUGAGUGCACUUAUUUCAUGAUGGAGAUUCCAAUCCUGUCUUUUCUGGUGAACCGUUUGAAAUUGCUGCUAUUCCAUGUGAUUGGCUAUUUCAAGAGAGCGCUAUGUUGCUUUGGAAGACGAAGGCGUGACUCCUGGGAUGCUGCCCCUCUUACUGGUGUUGGGGUGAUUCCGUCUACAGUACCUGAGAUAGAAGAAAACUGGCCUCAGUGGGACCACACUAGUGACCCUGACUGUGUGCUUACACAUCAAGAAAACAAAAAGCCAUGUGACAUUCAAGAGCACAUUGAGCUCUACAGGCAUCAAACUAUGGCACUUGCUAGGAAGUCAUCUGAGGAUCAAGUUGAGAAUGAAGCAAAUUACUUUCAGGACAUGAUACCCACCAUCACUAAGCAAAAGAAAAUAUAUGUUAGCAAUAGCAGGAAACAGAGAGAAGUUGCUACGCCAAGUCUUUCUCUUGGUGUUCAAAUGGUUCCUGUUGAGGCAAACGGUGAAUUAGGUGAAUGGGUUGAAAAUCCAGGCUGGGAUGACGAUACUCACUUAGACUGUGACGAAACUGUUGAUGCUAUAGUGCGAGAGAAACGAAGAAAAGAGCGAGAAAAAAGGUUGCUUGAGCAGCAACAGCGACGCAUAGAGCGACAUGGAAGAGCAGUGCCCUUAGGUGCACGAAUUAGUUGAAUAUAUUUACCCAACAUUUCUUUCUUUCCCUUUGAAAGCAUCUGUUAAGGGUGAAACAGUAAUAUGUUUUUCUAAAAUUGUUGUGGAACUCUUUCUUACCUGCCUUAUUGGUUUGCAUAUAUGAGCUUAACUACCGUGUAUAUAUUCCCCCAUUGUGACUAACUGGCUUGUAAAUGUACUCGAAAGGUCACACAAUUAUGUGUUGCAACUGGAUGCAGGAAAUACAUAGUAUUAAAGAUCAUUUCACAAGCAAAUGAACUGUAUAAUUUGAAUAGACUCUUCAAGAGCAUUUACUCUAGAUAUUGGUAUGAAUUCCACCAAAGUUACUCCCCUUCUUAUCUUUAAUUUUAUGAUAGGUUGCAAUCUAUGUCCAUGAUUUAUUGUUCAUUUUUGAGAGUGUUUCUAAAGAUCAUGUAUCUAAUGUAUUUUGUGUUGUCAAUUUGAAGGAAACUUUACCACACAACGUCUAUAACUAGCUGUCUCUUCUCUCAUAGUUAAGAUUGUUUAUUUUGCAGAAAUUUCCUUCUCUCUGAUCUCAAGAUUUACUGUUGUUCACAGUUUAUGAUGAGCAAUGGAAGGUGAUGUGAUUGAUGGUGAUCCCUAUUGGAGGGUCACCUGUUAUUUUUAAACAUGGAGAAUAUUUUUAAUAUUAGCAUUGAUUUGGUUAAGAUAAUCUUGUAAAAUUUAUCUCCUUGAAUUUGUAGAGUGUUCAUUGAUAUACUGUUGCUUUUUAGAAAUGGCUCAUUUUAUUAGCUAUCAUAUUUUUUUAAAGUACUUCAAUAUCUGUUUUCUUCCAUUUUGUAAUGAAGUGUAAAAUCAUAGAAGAAAAGGGGUCAUCCUUUGCUCAGCUAUAGAUUUGCUUCUCUUACUCCCUGUUUAUUUUGUAGGUACUGUUUUGGUCCGUACCUCCUGGUGGUUUGUUAUUAUAUAUGAUUCAUUUUUAAGAUUUGUUAUUGAUUGUUAUUUUUCUCAAAAGUCCAAGUUGUGGUACCUUUUAUGUUGUUUUUUUUUCUAGAUAAUUUUUUUAAAAAUCUAUCCAUCUACUUUAGUUGUAGGAAGAAGAAUGGCAGGUAGAACAUAAACAUUCACAAUUGGUCCUAUCUCUGACCAUUCGGAACCGUAUUGUAAUUAUAUGUUCUCCACACAGUUCUUCCUCAUCCAUUAAGCUGACGCACACUAUUGUAGUUUCAAAUUCUUGCAACAUUCUUGAUCUUUCAUUUAAUGUCAAAAUCAUUGUAAGACUGGAUUAAAAACAGUUGAACAUUUUUCCAUAGGUUCAUGUUUAAAUGCGUAAACAUUGUACUUGUUUGCCUUGGCCAAGAAAUAAACUGAACUAUCUCA